GAACUGAGUGCGCAGAGCAGCGCUGAGAGUCCAGCGCGCCUGUUCCGUUUCAGCAGCAUGAGUGAGUCGAUCAAGCCCACGUUGGGAGGAAGCUACCUCACCCUCGAAGAUGGGACCGUUUUACGAGGUCGAGGAUUCGGGGCCCCAGUCCCCGUCGAUGGAGAAGUCGUUUUUCAGACGGGUAUGGUUGGAUACCCCGAGUCUUUGACGGAUCCGUCGUAUCAUGGACAAAUACUUGUAUUGACGUACCCGUUAAUUGGAAACUACGGGCUGCCGAACGAUCAGAAGGAUCAGUACAAUCUUCCAUACUGGUUCGAGUCCAAUCGAAUAUGGGCCGCCGGUUUGAUAGUCGGGGAACUCUGCGAAACUCCGAGCCACUGGCGGCAAACAAGAACGCUCUCGGAAUGGAUGAAGGAGCAAAACAUACCCGGAAUAUACGGAAUAGACACGCGAGCUCUGACCAAAAUUAUCCGGGAGAAGGGCAGCAUCCUGGGGAGAAUCGUGAUCAGCAAUUCAGCGCCAACUCCCAGUCAACUACUUCCGACCUUCGUUGACCCGAACAAUAGGAACCUGGUGGCUGAAGUGUCGAUCAAAAAACCUGUGACUUACAAUCCAAACGGACAUCCACGGAUCUGCGCUGUUGACUGUGGCUUGAAGUACAACCAGAUACGGUGCUUCCUGAAUCGUGGUGCUCGUGUUGAUGUGGUGCCGUGGAAUCACCCGCUGGACAAAUUGGACUACGAUGGCUUGUUCCUCAGCAACGGACCUGGAGAUCCAGCCAUGUGCAAGAAUACUGUGGAAAACAUUCGUAAGGUUCUCAAGACGGGCAAUAAGCCCAUUUUCGGAAUCUGCCUCGGUCAUCAGUUGUUGUCGGUCGCCGCAGGGUGUACCAGCUAUAAGAUGAAGUACGGAAAUCGCGGACACAAUCAACCGGCCAUACAUCACGGAACAAGCCGGUGUUACAUGACUUCUCAAAAUCACGGUUACGCAAUCGACGCAACGAAUUUGCCAGACGGCUGGGUGGCUCUGUUUACAAACGCGAACGAUAAGACGAACGAGGGAAUCAUCCACAAAUCUCUGCCGUACUUUUCAGUCCAGUUUCAUCCAGAGCACACCGCUGGACCCCAAGACCUUGAGUGCCUAUUUGACGUCUUUUUAGACGCCAUAAAGAACGAGCCUGUCGCCACUUCUGUUAAGGAAAGACUUACGGAGACUUUAACAUCCAAGUCGGUCCCGGCAGCUUCCAUUCAGAGACCCAAAAAAGUGCUCAUCCUCGGCUCUGGUGGUCUGAGUAUCGGCCAAGCUGGAGAAUUCGACUAUUCGGGCUCUCAAGCGAUCAAGGCUCUUAGAGAAGAGAAGAUUCAAACGUUAUUGAUAAACCCGAACAUCGCAACGGUCCAGACGUCAAAAGGCUUGGCUGACAAGGUCUACUUCCUGCCAAUUAUACCGGAGUACGUUGAACAAGUCAUCAGAUCGGAAAGACCCGAUGGAGUCCUAUUGACUUUCGGUGGUCAGACGGCACUCAAUUGCGGUGUAAAACUUCAGAGGGACGGUGUGUUCGAUCGGUACAACGUAAAAAUUCUCGGCACACCAAUACAGUCUAUAAUUGAGACGGAAGACCGAAAGCUUUUUGCAGAAAGGGUAAACGAGAUCGGUGAAAAGGUCGCUCCAAGUGCGGCUGUCUAUAAUAUACAAGAGGCCUUAGAAGCUGCCGAAAAACUGGGCUAUCCGGUAAUGGCACGUGCUGCUUUCUCCCUUGGGGGAUUGGGCUCUGGAUUCGCCAACACCAAGGAGGAACUGAAGACUCUUGCCCAGCAGGCACUGGCUCAUUCGAAUCAACUGAUUAUAGAUAAAUCGCUGAAAGGUUGGAAGGAGGUGGAGUACGAAGUGGUCAGAGACUCUUGCGACAACUGCAUCACGGUUUGCAACAUGGAGAACGUUGACCCCCUAGGUAUUCACACCGGGGAGUCAAUCGUUGUGGCGCCUAGUCAGACUCUAAGCAAUAAGGAGUAUAACAUGCUUAGGACGACAGCAAUUAACGUGAUCAGACACUUUGGCGUUGUUGGUGAAUGCAACAUUCAGUACGCUCUGAAUCCCAUUUCGGAGGAAUACUACAUAAUCGAAGUAAACGCCAGACUCUCGCGAAGCUCAGCUCUCGCAAGCAAAGCCACCGGGUACCCAUUGGCCUACGUUGCGGCGAAGCUCGCCCUCGGGAUUCCGCUUCCAGAUAUCAAGAACUCUGUAACCGGCGAAACUACUGCCUGCUUUGAACCCAGCUUGGAUUAUUGCGUCGUGAAAAUACCCCGUUGGGAUCUGAGCAAGUUCCAAAGAGUCAGCACUAAGAUCGGAAGUUCGAUGAAGAGCGUCGGUGAGGCGAUGGCGAUUGGUAGAAAGUUUGAAGAGGCUUUCCAGAAGGCCCUUCGCAUGGUGGAUGAAAAUGUGAACGGCUUUGACCCGUAUUUGAAAAAGAUUGAUGACGAGGACCUGGAGAGACCGACAGAUAAGAGGAUGUUCGUUUUGGCAGCAGCAUUGAAGGCUGGCUAUACGAUCGAUCGAUUGUACCAGUUGACAAAAAUUGAUCGUUGGUUUUUGGAAAAAAUGAAAAACAUCACAUCCUACUACACGCUUCUCGAAGAUCUCGACCAGACGAAGCUCUCCCACGAAGUUCUACUACGUGCCAAACAAAUCGGUUUUUCUGACAAGCAGAUCGCGACUGCGGUGAAAAGCACCGAACUUGCUGUCCGCAAACAACGACAAGAAAGCAACAUUAGACCGUUUGUCAAACAAAUCGAUACUGUCGCUGCCGAGUGGCCGGCUACCACAAACUACCUUUACCUGACCUACAAUGGAAAUAGCCACGACCUUCAAUUCCCUGGGGGAUACACCAUGGUUAUUGGUUCUGGCGUGUACCGGAUUGGAAGUUCGGUGGAAUUUGACUGGUGCGCUGUUGGUUGCCUUAGAGAAUUGCGUCGUCUCAACCGAAAAACUAUAAUGGUGAAUUACAACCCGGAGACAGUGAGCACAGAUUACGAUAUGUGCGAUCGUUUGUACUUCGAGGAAAUAUCCUUCGAAGUCGUUAUGGAUAUUUACGACCUUGAGAACCCGGAGGGCGUUAUUCUAUCCAUGGGGGGUCAGCUGCCGAACAACAUAGCGAUGGAUUUGCACAGGCAGCAAGCCCGGAUACUGGGAACCUCACCCGAGUCCGUUGACGGUGCUGAAAAUCGAUUCAAAUUCUCACGGAUGUUGGACCGCAUUGGCAUUUCGCAGCCCAGGUGGAAGGAGUUGACCAAUCUCCAGUCAGCCAUUGACUUUUGUGAAGAAGUUGGGUAUCCCUGUCUCGUUCGACCCUCCUACGUACUCAGUGGAGCUGCAAUGAACGUUGCACACUCCAAUCAGGAUUUGGAAUCGUAUUUGAAAAACGCUAGUGACGUCAGUAAGGAGCACCCAGUCGUGAUAUCGAAGUUUAUACUUGAGGCGAAGGAAAUUGACGUCGACGCAGUGGCCUACGACGGGGUCAUCCUCUGCAUGGCCGUUUCUGAGCAUGUGGAAAACGCCGGAGUCCAUUCGGGCGAUGCGACGCUGGUAACACCACCUCAGGACAUAAAUCCACAGACCUUGGCCAAGAUCCGUGCAAUUUCCAAAGCCAUCGCAGCAUCCCUCGAAGUUACGGGACCCUUCAAUAUGCAACUGAUAGCCAAGGAUAACGAGCUUAAAGUCAUUGAGUGCAACGUCAGGGUCUCCAGAUCGUUUCCGUUCGUUUCCAAAACGUUGGACCACGAUUUUGUCGCGAUGGCGACUCGCCUAAUUGUCGGCGAAACCGUUGAGCCUGUGGAUGUUCUAGCCGGUUGUGGAAAGGUUGGGGUCAAAGUACCCCAGUUUUCAUUUUCGAGACUUGCAGGAGCUGACGUCACUUUGGGAGUAGAAAUGGCUUCGACUGGAGAGGUUGCCUGUUUUGGGGAAAACAGGUACGAGGCUUACCUAAAGGGGAUGAUGAGUACUGGGUUCCACAUACCUAAAAAAGGGAUUCUUCUGUCUAUUGGAAGUUUCAAGCAUAAAAUGGAACUGCUUCCUUCAAUCACGAGCCUGUACAAAAUGGGAUACAAAUUGUACGCCAGUAUGGGGACGGCAGAUUUUUACACGGAACAUGGUGUCGAGGUAGAACCGGUGCAAUGGACCUUCGAGGACAUCGACGUUAACGAGGAUUCGAGUCCCAGCGAACUUCGUCACCUCGCCGAUUUUCUCUCCAAGAAGCAUUUCGACUUAGUGAUUAAUCUGCCGAUGAGAAACGGUGGUGCUCGUCGAGUAUCAAACUUCAUGACCCACGGUUAUCGCACAAGAAGACUUGCCGUCGACUACUCUGUCCCUCUGGUCACAGACGUAAAGUGCGCCAAGCUUUUGGUCGAGGCGAUAAAAAUGCUCGGCGGUCGAGCACCGCUCAUGAAAACCCACACUGACUGCAUGACCUCGAGGUCUAUGGUCAAACUCCCUGGGUUCAUAGACGUUCACGUCCACGUCCGGGAUCCAGGAGCCACUCACAAAGAGGAUUUCGCCUCCUGCACUGCUGCUGCUUUGGCCGGUGGUAUCACAAUGAUUCUGGCUAUGCCCAACACGAACCCAGCCGUCGUUGACCAUCAGACUUUUGCGAUUGCCAAAGAGCGAGCCACUUUAGGAGCCCGAUGUGACUACGCUUUGUACAUGGGAGCGUCUUCGGACAACUACAACAUUAUUCAGGACAUGGCGCCGUUAGCUGCUGGUCUCAAGAUGUACCUUAACGAAACCUUCACAAGUCUGAGACUGACUGAUCUCACCGUAUGGUCAAAGCACCUCAGCAGCUGGCCAAAGAAGUAUCCGCUUUGCGUGCACGCCGAGAGUCAGACAACAGCCGCUGUUCUACUUUUGGCUAGUUUUUACAAUCGUCCUGUCCACGUCUGUCACGUAGCUCGUAAAGAGGAGAUACAAAUAAUUAGUGCAGCCAAAGCUAAGGGCUUACCAGUUACUUGCGAGGUUUGUCCACAUCACCUGUUCCUCAGCCAAGAUGAUCUUGACCAUAUCGGUCACGGAAAAGGACAAGUGAGACCGAUUUUGUGCACGAAAGAAGACCAGCAAGCCCUCUGGGACAACCUGAACGUCAUUGAUUGCUUCGCUACCGAUCACGCGCCACAUACCGUGGAGGAGAAAUCGCAGGAAAAACCACCCCCAGGGUAUCCCGGACUAGAGACCAUCCUACCAUUGCUGCUGAACGCGGUUCACGAAGAAAGAAUGACGAUGGAGGAUCUGAUCGACAAGUUCCAUCGGAACCCGAAACGCAUUUUCAACAUCCCAGACCAGCCUAAUACCUACGUGGAGGUAGACCUUGACGAGGAAUGGGUCAUCCCCGAUGCCCUGCCCUUCACCAAGUCAAAGUGGACGCCAUUUGCCGGUAUGAAGAUACGCGGAUCUGUACAUCGUGUCGUCCUCAGAGGAGAAGUCGCCUACGUCGAGGGCCAGGUUCUGGUCAACCCAGGAUUCGGUCAGGACGUGCGCGAACUUCAGGCCAAAUCAAAGCACGUCCUGCCCACCAUCCACAGCUCCGCUGUCGACGCCGUUUCCAGUCGGCCAGGAUCUGCCCUGGACGACCACGUGUCCGUAGGAUAUGAGCGUCGUGAACGUCUCAGAGAUAGUCAGUCCUCGGAUAUCUGGGACUUGGAUCAACCAGAACCCUACAGCCACCAACUGCAGCCUACGAUGCCGAGAGCGAACGUGCACUUCGCCGCCGAUGCCGACGUGAAGGAGUUGCUGAAGAUCCCGGGUGGACAGCGAAGCGUAUCGCCAAUUCCUCUGACGAACCUUGUUCAUCACAAGAGCGAAAGCAAUCCAAAUCUCUACGUCCAGACCGUGAAUCCAUCCCCUCACCUGAGCUCCACUCACGGACUGGCUGGACACAAUAUUUUGACUGUAGACAUGUUUUCGAAGGAGCAGCUCAACGAUAUUUUUAAUCUGUCCCAAACCCUUCGGGUUUACGUUCAGAAGGACAGACCCUUGGAUCACAUUCUCAGGGGUAAAAUCAUGGCAUCUAUCUUCUACGAGGUCAGCACUCGUACAAGUUGCAGCUUUUCGGCAGCAAUGCAGCGUCUCGGGGGGCGAGUCAUUUACAUGGAUGGUUCAACAUCAUCUGUGAAGAAAGGAGAAACUCUUGAAGAUUCUAUCGCCGUAAUGGCGGGUUAUGCAGACGUCGUGGUUCUUAGACAUCCGGAACCAGGUGCUGUUGCGCGUGCGGCUAACCACUGCCGGAAACCACUGCUAAACGCUGGUGACGGUGUAGGUGAACAUCCGACGCAGGCGUUGCUCGACGUUUUCACAAUCAGGGAAGAGAUCGGCACCGUAAAUGGGCUGACAAUAACGAUGGUCGGUGACUUGAGGCAUGGAAGGACCGUUCACUCCUUGGCAAGAUUACUGACUCUCUACAACGUGCAGCUGAGAUACGUCAGUCCCUCCGGCCUUGGGAUGCCGGAUCACAUUACGGACUAUCUAAGAUCCCGCGGGAUUCCUCAGGAACAGUUUGAUAGUCUGGAGGCGGCCCUUCCCGAAACGGACGUCCUCUACAUGACGCGCAUACAGAGGGAACGUUUCACCUCACAGGAUGAAUACGUACAGGCGUGCGGCCACUUCGUAGUUACGCCGCAGAUGAUGACGAGAGCAAAGAGAAAGAUGGUGGUGAUGCAUCCGUUGCCUCGCGUGUUCGAAAUCAGUCCUGAACUUGACACCGAUCCCAGAGCAGCUUACUUCAGGCAAGCCGAAUGUGGUGUCUACGUGCGAAUGGCGAUCUUGGCGAUGGUGCUUGGUCGAUGCUGAUUAAUCAUCGAUACUGGAUCGGGAAGGAUGCCUACAGUUAAAGUAGACGGCGUCGUUGCUGUUAAGAAAUUCAUUUUUUUUUUCGUUGGUCUCCCUUUACUUUCUUCUUCUCUUCCCUUUCGUGAAAAGUUCCAUGAAAAGAAAUUCGCUGAAAGACAGGGUUACACAUUAAAAAUACCACCGCUAAUGGCAUUCCCCAUCUUCGGAGAAUUAAGAAAAUUACAGUGAUCACUCACUGCCUUCAAACGUUGAAGGCUGUUUACUGGAUGAUUUUUCAGUCUUAAUUCCUUACACCUAAAUAUCUUUAAGAUGCUAAAAAUAAUUAGUUAUGCAACUGAUUAACGGGUUAUAGUCUCGUCGUAUCUCCACCAUUGAUUCCUCGUAUCUAUAUGUGCUGAUCGAGUUCUUGCCACUUCGAUGCACUCUUUCACUCAUCUACGGACUUGGAGAUUGACUUUAUCGGGCUAAAUUGCAUUUUUAUAUGGGAGUAAAUUUGUUAUUAUAAUUUACUUUUUUUUCACUUACGUAUGUGAAGUUCAAUUGCGCAUGUGGUUCGGAGUAUCGAUGCUUCUUACUGACGCUUUCGUCGUUUACAGAAUGUGGCGUGUAAUGAGACAAACAACGAAACGAUUUGAAUACAAACAAAAAUGAAUAAUGAAAACAUACGAGUAAAUCGAAGGUAUAAUGUAUGAUAAUAAUUUUUAUAAACGUGGUCUGCAUCGUCGGCUGAUUUUAAUGAUCAAUAAAUAUUGCAUUCCUUGAAAAUACAUUAUAUUAAUACUAACAAUUAUUAUUAAUUAAAUAAGGCGUAUGAUUUUUUACAUUUCAUACAUAAAUGUACAUACAAUAAAACAUUUAUGAUGCUUUGGUUACAUAAUACAGGUUUCCUGCUGCGGUAUUCCCCACGUUACACACAUGCAAGACGUACAACAAUGAAUGCACGAGUGAAGAAAAACCACAAUUGACAGGCCGUUAAUAAAACAUAUAUCACGAUACGUCGGGAUGAUUCUAAGAUCUUUGUAAUUAUCCUACAAACGAAACUAUAAUUUAUUACUCUCGCUGCCUCAAUAGUUAGCACUCUGUAAUUCGGUUGAUAAAGCAAUCUUAUAUCAGACCAUAUCACCGGCAACAUGAACUAUUAUCAAGACUAUCAGCCUCUAUAGCGUAUGUUAAGAUGCUUUCAAGAUAUAUGAUCUCGGAUCGACAGCAACUAACCUAAUCCGUGAGAUUAACAAUGCAAUCUUCAAGUGUUCACCCAGAUUUUAAAUCUGGCUGAUAGAAC